AUGACUGCCCCUACACUAUUUGGCUUAUCACACGAUUGUCUCCGACGCAUUCUUGGUUUUCUUAAUCCUCCGAGUGCGCUGGAACUGUGCGUAGCGUACGGACGACCCGAAAUGAUGGAUUGGUUUUACGAAGACGGAGGAGUGUACACAUACGACGGGACAGAUCAUUUUCUACCCACUAGACAUAUUAAACAUUUGCGCUAUACUGACGUAUCACCGAACGUCGACGAAUUGGCUGCAUACACCGGCUUGCACACCCUUGACCUGUCGGAUAGCAAGAUAACGAACGUUGACGCACUAGUUGCAUGUACCAGCCUGCACUUACUUGACCUGGGUAGAUCCAGGGUAACAAACGUUGACGCACUGGCCGCGUGCACUAGCUUGCACACCCUAGUCCUGACCGGUACUGGAGUAACGAACGUUGACGCCCUGGCCUCGAGUACUAGCUUGCACAUACUUGACCUGAGUAGAUCCAGGGUAACAAACGUUGACGCCCUAGCCGCGUGCACUAGCUUGCACACACUCUUCCUGUGCUCGACCUAUAUGACAAACGUCGACGCCCUAGCUGCGUGUACCAGCCUUCACACACUUUACUUGAACAAAACUGAGGUAACAAAUGUGGACACCCUAGCCGCAAGCACUAGCUUCCACACACUUCACUUGCACUCAACCAUGGUAACGAACGUGGACGUCCUGGCCGCGUGCACUAGCUUGCACUCCCUCGACCUGUCCGGUACUGAAGUAACAAACGUCGACGCCCUGGCUGCGUGUACCAGCCUUCACACACUCAUCUUGCAUAUGACCAACGUGACAAACGUCGACGCCCUGGCUGCGUGUACCAGCCUUCACAUACUCAUCCUGCAUAUGACCAAGGUGACAAACGUCGACGCCCUAGCUGCGUGUACCAGCCUUCACACACUUUCCCUGAGUACCCGGGUAACAAAUGUAGACGCACUAGUUGCGUGCACUAGCUUACACACCCUCGACCUGUACGGGACCGCGGUGACAAACGUCGACGCCCUGGUAGCGUGCACUAGCUUGCACACACUUAACUUGCACUCAACCAUGGUAACAAACGUCGACGCCCUGGCCGCGUGCACUAGCUUGCACUCCCUCGACCUGUCCGGUACUGAAGUAACAAACGUCGACGCCCUGGUAGCGUGCACUAGCUUGCGCAAACUUAACUUGCACUCGACCAGGGUAACAAACGUCGACGCUCUGGCCGCCAGCACCAGCUUGCGCAAACUCAACCUGUACUGGACCAGGGUAGCAAACGUUGACGCCCUGGCUGCGUGCACUAGAUUGCACAAACUCAACUUGCAAUCGACCGGGGUAACAAACGUCGACGCCCUGGCCGCCAGCACCAGCUUGCGCACACUCGACCUACGCUCGACCAAGGUGACAAACGUUGACGCCCUAGCUGCGUGCACCAGCCUGCGCACACUCUACCUACACUCGACCAAGGUGACAAACGUUGACACCCUAGCCGCGUGCACUAGCUUGCUCAUACUUAGGUAG